AUGCCCAAGAACAAGGGAAAGGGCGGCAAGAACCGCAGAAGGGGCAAGAACGAGAAUGACCGCGAGAAGCGCGAGCUCGUCUUCAAGGAGGAAGGCCAGGAAUACGCCCAAGUAGUCAAAAUGCUCGGCAACGGGCGCCUAGAAGCGCAAUGUUUCGACGGCGAAAAGCGCCUGGCCCACAUCCGCGGCAAGAUGCGCAAGAAGGUGUGGAUCAACCAAGGCGACAUCAUCCUGCUGUCGCUGCGCGAGUACCAAGACGAAAAAGGCGACGUCAUCAUGAAAUACAACGCCGACGAAGCGCGCUCGCUCAAGGCCUACGGCGAGCUGCCCGAGACGGCCAAGAUCAACGAGACCGACACUUAUGGCGGCGAGGGCGACGAGGGCGGCAUUGGCUUCGAGUUUGAUGAGGAUCGCGAUAGUGAAGACGAGGGCGAGGGCAUCCGUGAGCAGGAUAUUGAUGAUAUUUGA